UGCGGGUUUAUAUUUCAUUUGUGUUAAAAUACACAACAGGAUAUAAUUUUAAUAGUAACGCAAUAUUCUGAUAUUAAAAAAGUCAUUAAUUUAUUAUUUGUAUUUUUUGCACGAGUUUGAUGAGGAAGCUGAUUUCCAAUCUAAAAUGACAGUCUGUGUAAUCCUCAUACUUAUUUAAUCCCAAGGCGAGAAUUUUUAUUAAUUGCUUAAGUCAUGCCAGGACAAGAAAAGGAUUUUUACCGAGAUACUUGGGUCCGAUAUUUAGGGUACGCUAAUGAAGUUGGUGAGGCGUUCCGAUCCCUGGUUUCAGUCAAGGUAGUACGAGCUAGCUAUGCUGUGGCAUUUGCUUAUGUACUCGCUGACACUGGGGAUAAAAGUUGGAAAAUGUUAAGAAAAGAUGGCCGAUUUAAAAACGUAUUAGUAGAAACAGGUGAUGCACUUAUAUGGCAGACUUUGGCAUCCGUCGCCAUUCCAGGCUUCGUUAUAAAUAGAAUAUGUGCUUUCACUCAGAAUUAUCUACAGAAGAAUGUAAGUAAAAUACCACCAAAACCUAGAAGUUUGAUCACAGUGGCAGUGGGACUUGCCUCCAUCCCCAUCAUCGUUAAGCCCAUAGACAUCAGUGUGACCAUGCUCAUGAACCUCACUUACCGGCGGUUGGUGAAAGCAUAGACAAUGGUCAUGAAUGCAGCUGUUUUACAAUAACUUGCUCAAUUAAGCAUCAAAUUUGCAGUAAAGGCUCAUAUUAUAUUUUUUAGUUCAAUAAGUAUUUUAUUUGACCAAUUUUAUAGAUAUUCAAAGUUUGCCAUUGUGAUAAAAUCGGCCUUAAAUUUUAUCAAUUUGUUGUUGUCAAGGAAUUUGAUUAAAUACAAAUUUAUCUCUUUACGUGAUCAUUCAUUUGAGAUUUGAAGAAGAAGACACAGCAUUAUUUCACUAAUCACCCCAUA